AUGCUGAGAAAUAAUCAACGGAAGUUAAAAAAAUUAAUCUUUUUCUCGUUCAUUUUAAUUUCCUUCCUCGCACAAAUGAACCAGUGCAUGGUGGCCAAGUGUCACCUUCCUCACGUGAUAAAUAUAUCCUCUAAAAGGGGGAGCGAGACGGAAAUUUCAAAGUUGCGUUCAAGGGGAGGUAAAAAUGGCAUGACCUUCUCCCCCCAGUGGCAGGUCCAAAAAGGAAGAGAAAAGACAAAACGGGUGUUAACCUUUGUCAAGACUAAUUACACUGUUAGGAGUUAUGGAGGGAGAAAAAACAGAAGGGGAAAAUCCCCCUGUGAAGUUCCAACGCGUUGCAGCGCAGGUAAAGUAGUUAGCAACUCCGCUAGUGAUAUCCAUGGGGGAGCCAACCCAGAAGGAGGAGCAAUCAUUACGAGCUCCGCCGAAAUGAUGCAACAUUUAACAUUUAACUUCGAAGAAGAGUGUAACGAAAUCAUGGUGAGGUUGGGAAAUUUCUUACAAGUAUCUCCCCAUCUGUUAUUUAAAGAUGCUUGUGUAAAUCUCAACAAACUAUUUACGAACCUGUAUACAUAUGAUAAUGAAAAUGUUCCCUUCGCCACUACACAACACACAUUGAAUAUAACAGACGAGGUUAUUAGACACAAUAAGUUUAAAAUAUAUUGUGUCCUAGGAUUAAAGGUGUUGAGAAUUUUUCUCAUAAAAUAUUUGAGGAGCUUAAGAUUAUGUAUCCCUGUAGAAGUACGAAAAAGAUAUAUCCUAGAUUUUUUAAAAAUUGAAUAUAUAUCGAAAAUUUAUGAUCAGAAAUAUAAUUUGAUUAAGUACUCCACGUUUCAGAAGUUAUCGGAGAAGUUGAAGGCCAAGCUGAUCUACUUCUACUUAGCUUUAAAACCACAAGACGUUUCAAAUGUUCUCAUCAAAAUUUUUAAAGCUGCAAAUUAUAAGGAUGAAAAUGAACUACUGUACAAGUACGUUUAUACUUCUAAGUUUACCUCCAGAGGAGGGAAAAGAUUUCAUAGAAUUAUAUCCAAGGAGUAUCUUGAAUUGUAUGAAAAAGAUAAACUGGUGAAGAGACACCGUUGUGAAGAUGACUUGUUGUGGGUUAGAUUUUUUUCUCUUCUCAAGUUGCAUAACCCAGAGGUGGUGGAAGAGAAGAAGCUCCUCAAGCAGACCUACCGCCUCAUCUUCAGUAAAAUGGGCUUCUCAAAUGAUGGACUUGUUCGGCUCUUUGAACAGCGCGGAUUUCGAAUCUUUGACGCGCUCCCGAUGGAAAAUCAGACAGGCGGUCCGCAGAGUUGUGACACCACGCCAAGUGAAACAAGUACAGUAAACACGCGCACCACUAGAGAGAAGGUCCAAAUCGGAGGAAAGAGAAAGGCACAAUUAGUUAGCUACCUAGGCAACCUUAGAACAUUUAUCUCCAACUACAUUCGCAGGAACAAUAGCAUACACCACAAAUUCCAUGUGCUAAAGACCAAUAUAGAUAUUCCUAGGGAUGCCCUUCACGACGGGGCGGUUACUCCCCUCACCAAUGUAUUUCAUGCUGCCGCGUGUAACGGCCCAGAUGGAAAUGACUUGUCUCCGUCUCCCCCCGGUGACGUCGAACUCUACUGCGAAACCGUCAUGAAUAAUAUGAUCGAUUUGGUCCUAGACAUUAUGAUCGAGGCCGCGGGGUUCCGCGACAUUGCGACCCUCUUCGGUAUAUACAACUCGCUCAAGGGGAAUAAGGAUUUCAAGUUGCUUAACUUCAGAGGGAAAUUUUCAGGCAACAAGGCAUGA